CCGCUCCUGUAUCGGGUGCGGAGCCCGUGGCUGAAAGGAACCGUCUAGGCACAGUGGCUGGGCUUGUGCUUCUGACCCCGGAGAGCUAGGGAGCCGAUCCGACGUUUCUGGACUCCAAGUGAAAGUCUUCCCUGUGGACGGACGCCAAGGGUCUGUCCUCAGCGCUUGGAUUCCUACAGCCCCCAGGGCCGGACCCCCACAGCCUUCCAGGUCCUAGAGCCCCGCAGACGCUGAGCCAUGGCCUCCAUGGGGCUGCAGGUGAUGGGCAUCGCGCUGGCCGUGCUGGGCUGGCUGGGCGCCAUCCUGAGCUGCGCGCUGCCCAUGUGGCGCGUGACGGCCUUCAUCGGCAGCAACAUCGUCACGUCGCAGACCAUCUGGGAGGGCCUGUGGAUGAACUGCGUGGUGCAGAGCACCGGGCAGAUGCAGUGCAAGGUGUACGACUCGCUGCUGGCGCUGCCGCAGGACCUGCAGGCGGCCCGCGCCCUCAUGGUCAUCUGCAUCAUCCUGGCACUGCUGGGCGUGCUGCUCUCCGUGGUGGGGGGCAAGUGCACCAACUGCGUGGAGGAUGAGAGCGCCAAGGCCAAGACCAUGAUCGUGGCGGGCGUGGUGUUCCUGCUGGCCGGCCUGCUGGUCAUGGUGCCCGCGUCCUGGACGGCCAACACCAUCAUCCGGGACUUCUACAACCCGCUGGUGGCCUCGGGCCAGAAGCGGGAGAUGGGUGCCUCUCUCUACAUCGGCUGGGCUGCCUCGGGCCUGCUGCUGCUGGGGGGGGCCCUCCUCUGCUGCAAUUGCCCGCCCCGCACCGACAAGCCCUACUCGGCCAAGUACUCCGCCGCCCGCUCCGCCCCAGCCAGCAACUACGUGUAA